AUGGCGUUUGCUUUGCGAUGUACUCGUUUGGCCGUUCAAUCUCGACUGGCUCUACGAAUGAUGCAAUCCCGCAGCUAUUCCGACGAGAUGGCCUUCACCUUGGCCGCUGCGAACAAAGUGUUCUACGACGGUGUGCACGUUCGUCAAGUUGAUGUGCCCUCGUUCAACGGAGCUUUUGGCAUUCUGGCGAACCAUGUCCCUACACUGGCCAUCCUGAAACCGGGCGUCGUUACGGUGUACGAGAAUGAUGGAAGCGUUAAGAAAUUGUUCGUAUCAAGCGGCACCAUAACCGUGAACGCGGAUGCCACGGUGCAGUUGCUCGCGGAGGAAGCCCAUCCGGUGGAGGAUCUGGAUCCGUCUGCCUGUCGUGAGAUUCUGUCUACUGCGCAAAAUCAACUGGCUGCGGCUUCUGGCGAUGUUGCACGGGCCGAAGCUGCGAUUGCCCUGGAGGUUGCUGAGGCGCUCGUUCAAGCUGUAAAUUAG